AUGGCCAAUAAAAUACCAGAUCUAAUCUUUAGAUUAUACGAUCCGAUUCGUUAUUCGUUUAACAAGAAAAAAGAGGAUUAUAUUAUAUUCUCACCCACUGUUGGUUCUAAAUCCCAAUUGAAUGAUGGUGGUAGAAUUACCUUCGAAAUACAUUCAUUAUCGAAUUGGUUGCUUCUUUCCGAUGCUUAUUUCAGAUGUGAUUUCAAAAUUAAAGAUGGAACUCAGAAUCAAGUACCACAAACUAAUACAACGUUAGAAAACAAUUUCUUUCCAUCUUUAUUUAGCGAGAUGGUUUUGGAAGCUGGUUCAAAUCCGAUAGAAACAAUUAAACACCCUGGGAAAUUCGACACAAUGUUGAAAACAGUUUUAUAUCCUACAGAUUUCGAUUCAGUCUCAGGUUGGAUACCCGAUGUUGGCGAUGGAAGUGUUUUAAAAGAACCGGUAAGAAAUCUUGCAAAUGAAGCUGAUUUAGCUAGAGUGAGAGUUGUUGCUCAAAACACAAUAGAAAGAGUAGCACGAGCAGCUAAUCAUGGAUUCGAAAAACGAGUACUUCAAUAUAAUAAUAUUGUUGAGAAUAAUAGGUGGGGUAAUUACGUAAAUUGGAAAUUAUAUCCUUUAUUCGGUCUGUUGGAACACAGAAAGGUUUCCAUAGGGUUACCAUAUAAAAUUCAUCUACAAAGAGAAAUCAACGAUGAUAAGAUAUUCUUUGGAGAGAAUGGUUCAGAUGCAAAAUUAGAAAUAACGAAUCUCCAACUUUUCAUACCCGUAAUAACACCAUCAAUUUAG